AUGGAUUACAACACCUCGGGUGGCUUUCCCUCCCGUCGCUCCUACCCCAACCUCCACCACGUCUCCCUCGCUCCACUCACACCCCGAUUCCCAAUCGACGACCCAGAAUCAACAGAUUACUUCAGCCCACGCGAUGACGGCGACGGUCAAAGAACCUCAUACCUCUCCAGCGUCUCAGUACCCAGCACGCCCCCCAUCCUCUCGCACUCCCGCAGCAACUCCCGCAGCAACUCUCGCACCCGCCACGCGCGAAGCAAAAGCUCAACUCUCGCCGGUCCAUUAAGUGACACGAACCUACACAGCAAGGCUGUAGCGCUACCUCUCCACCACCAACCAAUACAUAAGAAGCACUCGGGCUCGUCGCAUUCACGGCGACCGUUCAGCGAAGAACAAGCAAAUAAGUCGGAUGCAGAAUGGAUGCUCCGCGCUGGAAUAGCGCUCGCCUCGUCGACCCGCGAGGAAAAGGGCCAGAGCUGGCUCUCUAAGCGCGAGAGCUCUACCAGUCUUGUUUCUAUGCCUUAUGAGACCGACUCUCCUCACCGCCACCAUACACGCACCAAAUCCGGCGCUUCGUUACGCAAGUCUCGCUCCGGUGCAUCUACUCCAGCGUUGUCUCGCCGGAACUCUCGUUCUCGCGGAGGGAGUAGACGGGGUAGCCGUGGAGGUCUGGUUAUGACAACCAUGCCAUCGCUUUCGUCUGCUUCUGGAAAGGUAUCUAGUCCUGGGACGGGUACUGUGACCCCAGAAGUCCGUGGGCGUGGUACUUUGGAGCCUGAUUUCGUGCACGAGGAGAUUCGCGCUGGGAUAGCCGCUUUGCAGCGGGAAAGAGGUAUCUCGGAUGAAGAAUCGGGGCUCUGGGACGAGGACGAAAGUGGAUCGGAGUAUGAUGACGAUUUCUCUGAUCAAACACCGGAUGAAUUCGAUGAGGCUGACCUGCAUCGGCUUACCCGUGAGCGUGGGUUUGGUCUGGGGGGCUGGAUUGAUCGCCUGUUUGAAUGGACUUUGUUUGGCGUGGACGAGUUUCCUGUUCCUGUGGUUCCGACUCCUGCAACGCGGAUCGGGGCUACUACGACUACGACUACGGUUACUUUUGAGGAGCCGGAUUAUUCGCGCGAUAAUGAUGAACUGCAUGACAAUCUGUCAUUGGUUUCUGCUGGUGAUGAGGCAGAUACCCUUUCGCAUACGGAUGGCGAGUCGGUUGCUGGUACUGAGAAGCCCGGUGCGCAGGGCGGCUGGGAGGAUGCGUCCUGGCUGUUCCGCGUCGUCAGGCGGGCAUUAAUAUAA